AAUCGACAAAUGAACUGAGAAUCGAGCAGCUUAGUAAAGAAUCAAUGAAUGAACAGAGAAUCGAAAAGCAUAGUCAACAAUUGACGAAUAAACAGAUAGUCGAGCAGCAUCGUCAAAAAUCAACAAAUGAACAGAGAGUCGAGGAAAUUGUUGAUGAUAAAGAGGAUGAAUACUACUUAGAGGAAAAUAAUGAUUGUGAAGAGGCAUUGGGCUCUCCAAAUUAUGCUAUCAAUAAUGUUAAUAGUUCUAAUUCUUUUAAAGUGGGAAUCAAUAAAGUAUCAAAUCCUAAAAGGAUAUUACUUUCGAAACCUAUAGCCAAAAAUUCAGCAAACGAGGUAGCACAACAUCCAAGAAUUCUAAAUUUAGCUACGAUGAUUCAAAAUGCAAUGACGACCCAAGUGUCAGAUAUUAAUAACAAUGAUAAGUUGUUCUUUAAUACUGGUCAAUCUUGUAAUUCUAUGCCAAAUGUUCCAGAAUUAAACCAGCAUGUGAGAACCCUUUUACAGGAUGAGUGCAAAGCACUAUUCCUGCGUACAAGGAAUAACACACCUGAGUUAUACAAGGAGUUAAUCACUCGAGUGUGUAAAAUUCCAAAAGCUGAUUACCAUAUGGGAGCAUUAGUUAAAGAUGUAGGUAUCUGUAUCUGCUACCUAGAAUCUGAAAUUGACAAUAUAAACGUAAAAGGUUUAAAAUAUAUACAUAUAAAGUAUAAUAAGAUAGUAAUUAAAAUAAUUAAUUUCAGGGAGGAUGAAUCAUUAGAUAGUGAAUUAUUUACAUUUAUUAGCAGUAAUGUAUGGAAAGAGAUACUUAGAUUACAUCUAAACGCAACUGAUCUGGUAACACUAAAAAAUGACUUGGGAAUGCUUAAAAAGCUUGGAAUCUUCGUACGUAAGGCAGUUAAGGCAGUUAUUAUCGCUAUUGAUAAUAGACAAGAUACACGAAUUGCAAUUCGAGAUUGUGAUGAAUAUACACUCGAUUUGAAAAUUCCAACAGCAAUUGGUAUAGUGAAAUCACUACCAAUUAGAAAUCUCUUGAGUCGAUAA